AUGCGAGGCCAGUCUUCAACUGAACUUAUCUUUGAUCCAGAAAUCGAAAAAACAGCGAAAGCACAUCGAAAGGUGGCUCGAGAAAGGAGACAAAGGGAAAGACAUUUAGUUGUGGAAGAAGAGGUUUUUGGUGAUUCCGUCAUAGUUACUAAGAUGGACGAUCCACCACUACCAGAACGUACUCUCGGCGAGUAUGGGAAUCAGAAUAGAAAUCAUGCUCGAUUGCCCAUCCUGAAGGUGGAUGGUUUGUCUGAGGAAGGCAAGAGAAUGAAACUGUUUCCAUUUUCAUUGACAGAUGAUGCUAAGGAGUGGCUUCAUUCCUUUCCUGCUGACAACAUCACCACAUGGGAUGAUCUUGAAGAUAAUGAAGAUCCAAAGAUGAAAAAGGUUUUGGCCAUGUUGGAAGCAUCACCAUCCUACUCCCCCCGUUUUCCUACAAGAUGGGAGGAGUUGAAAGGGGAUGAAGAUAAGCCCUCAGAGAAAAAGACACCACUGAUUGAACUCAAGCAGUUGCCUCUUCAUUUGAAAUAUGUAUUCCUAGGUGAAGAAGAUAAGAAUCCAGCCAUAAUCAGUGCAAGUUUGAGUGAAUUGCAAGAAGAAAAGAUGUUGAGAAUUCUACGUAAGCAUAAGGGUGCCAUCAGUUGGUCCAUUGAGGACUUGAAGGGAAUAAGUCCGACUUUUUGUAUACACAAAAUCCUAAUGGAGGACAAUCACAAACCGGUAGUACAACCCCAAAGGAGAUUGAAUCCGGCAAUGAAAGAAAUGAUUAGGAAAGAAGUGGUAAAGCUCCUAGAAGCCGGACUCAUUUACCCCAUUUCAGACAGCCCUUGGGUGAGUCCCGUCCAAGUUGUACCAAAAAAGGGUGGAAUGAUCGUCAUCACAAAUGAAAAGAAUGAGCUAAUUCCUACACGAAUGGUUACAGGAUGGAGAGUGUGUAUUGACUAUAGAACAUUGAACAGCGCUACGAGGAAGGAUCAUUUCCCACUCCCUUUCAUUGAUCAGAUGCUUGAGCGGCUAGCCGACCAUGAGUAUUACUGCUUCCUAGAUGGCUAUUCGGGAUACAAUCAGAUAGUUGUGGCCCCCGAGGAUCAAGAGAAAACUGCAUUCACAUGUCCGUAUGGGGUGUUUGCAUAUCGGCGAUUGCCGUUGGGGCUGGGCAAUCCCCCUGCCACAUUUCAAAGGUGCAUGAUGUCCAUAUUCUCCGAUAUGAUUGAAAAACAUAUCGAAGUAUUUAUGGAUGACUUUUCUGUCUUUGGUUCAUCUUUUGAUAAUUGUUUGAGUAGUUUGUCUCUUGUAUUAGAAAGUUUGAAAAAUAAGUUGAUAACUGCUCCCAUUAUCAUUGCACCUGACUGGUCACUACCUUUUGAAAUCAUGUGUGAUGCAAGAUCGAAAGUUAUUGUUUACACUGAUCAUGCUGCCUUGAGGUAUUUGUUUACUAAGCAGGAAUCAAAACCAAGAUUACUUAGAUGGAUUCUAUUACUACAAGAAUUCGACAUUGAGAUCCGAGAUAAGAAGAGAUCAGAGAAUACUGUAGCAGAUCACUUAACUCGAUUGGAGAAUAUUAAGGAGGAUGAGGACAUUAGACCGAUUCAAGACCAAUUUGCCGAUGAGCACACCUUCGCUAUUGUCAUGGCACAUUGGUUCGCCGACAAUGCUAAUUUUAAGGUAGGUGAGGCAAUUCCAUCUGAUUUCACAUACCAACAACGAAAGAAGUUUAUCCAUGAUGCCAAAUUCUAUGUAUGGGAUGAACCUUUCUUGUACAAAAGAGGAGUGGAUGGUUUGUUGCGAAGGUGUGUGUCCGAGGAGGAGCAAGAAAAGGUAUUAUGGCACUGCCAUGACUCUGAUUAUGGGGGUCAUUUCAGUGGUGAUCGAACUGCAGCAAGAGUUCUCUAA